AUGAAGAGAGGGAAGGAAGAUAUUCGAUUUAGGGAAGUUGUUAGUAGAUAUGAGAAAUACAGUAUAUAUGAUGAAGUUAAUAAGAAUACAAUAGACAAGAAUAUAAUUAAGAAAAUAUCUAUAUUAUAUGAUAUAUUUAAACAUAUAAAUAAAGUACAGAAUAAUAAUACGAAUGAUUUUAUAUAUACUAGUGAUAUAAUAUAUAGUUUAAGAUAUGAUAAUUUUGUUCGUAUACGCUUCCAUAUAAUUUCCAUGGAAAGAAAUAAAAUAAACAAUAUAGAUAAAGAUAAUUACAAUUUUAUAGAUAACUUAAAUAAUAUUAUAUCGAAUAUAUAUAAUCCGUCAUAUUAUGAUAAAUUUUUAAAUAAUAAAAUAAUAUGUGAUAAAGAAAAAUUAAAUAUUAUGUUAAAAUAUAUAAGAGAAAUUGAAAAUGCAUAUAUAUAUAAAUAUAGAAGUGAUCAUAAUAUAAAAUUAACUUUCGAUGUUUUCUCUCAUACUUUUUAUAUAUUCCUUUCAUAUGAUUAUAAAAAAAAAUUAAGUAUAAUAAAUUUUAAGAAUAAAUAUAAUAAAAUAGAAAGUAAUAAUAUAUAUGAAUACACACCUGCACAAAAAAUGUUACAAUUUAAUUCUUUAGGAACAUUCUUAACAAUAAAUUCAGGUUAUGAAACCAAUUAUACACAUCCAACAACAUAUAAUUAUAAUUCCUUUGAACAGGAAACACUUGAAAGAAUAACACCAUUCAUUUAUGAGUCAGAACAUAUCAUCAAUCAUUUACAUAAAAAAAAAAUAUAUCCUAUAAAAAACAUAGAAAUAGAAAAUGAUUUUUUUAUAAAAAAUAAAAAUUAUGAACAAAACAUCACCAACUUAAUUAAGUUGCAAAAAAUCAAAGAUGAGCACAAAAGACUGAAAAAUAAUAUUCAGCACAAUUUCUUAUUCUAA